CAACAAGUCUGACCUGAUUCUUUGGUGGGGCCCUGAUGACUGUCAGGAACAGGUGGAGCUGGACAUAAAUUUGACAUAUUUAAAGUCUAAGAUGAGCUGAAACAGGUGCAGUUAACCAUGGCUCUGCAACAGUUUGUGUGCUGCUUCACUGUGCUGAUCAUUUUCUUCUGCAAAGGUUGUCACUCACAGCAGCCCGCAUGUGGCAGCAGGUCUGUGAACAGCAGCAGCAUCACAGGAGGUCAUGAUGCUGCAGCAGGAAGUUGGCCCUGGUUCGCUGAUAUAAGAGUUGUUGGAGGGCCUCCAUCCAUUAAUACUGGUUUUAUAGCUCUGUCUACCAGUUUUGGUUUUGGAGGGUCUCUGAUCAACGACCAGUGGGUGCUGACAGCUGCAUCCACCAUGUCACUGGAUUUCAGUAGCGUGGUGGUCUAUCUGGGCCGGAACAGUCAGUCAGGUCCAAACCCAAAUGAAGUGAAUCGCACAGUGGUAAACAUCACCUGCCAUCCUGGAUUCAACUCAUCAACUCGUGAGAACGACAUUUGUCUUCUGAAGCUGUCGGCUCCUGUGAAUUUCACAGACAACAUCUGGCCGAUCUGCUUAGCCUCACAAAACAGCACUUUCAACAAUGAGACCAGCAGCUGGGCCAUCGGCUUUAGUAUCUUUGGAAAUAACCUGCUGGAGGCAAAAGUAUCAAUAGUGGGAAACAAUGAGUGCAAAGCCAGCUAUCCACAGGUCCCAGACAGCAUCAUCUGUACUGGAGAGACGGAUUCAUGUUUGACUAGUCUUGGGGCACCACUGAUGACUCAGAGUGGAUCCAUCUGGCUGCAGAGUGGAGUUUUCAUUGCUGCUGGAUGCUUUUUCCUUCCUUCAGUCUACACUCCUGUGUCCCAGUACCAGAAAUGGAUCAGCGACACAGUUACAGGGACACCACCAGGCUUUGUUACCUUCCCCUCCCCACACAGUUCAUUACAAACCACUGCUCCUCCCACAGCUCCUCCAACUGCUCCUCCUGCCCCUCCCACCCCUCCCACCCCUCCUCCUGCUCCUCCCACCACUCCUAUUGCCCCUCCCACCACUUCUCCUGCCCCUCCCACCACUUCCACCACUCCUCCUGCCCCUCCCACCACUUCUCCUGCCCCUCCCACCACUUCUCCUGCCCCUCCCACCACUCCUCCUGCUCCUCCCACCACUUCCACCACUCCUCCUGCCCCUCCCACCACUCCUCCUGCCCCUCCCACCCCUUCCACCACUCCUCACACUUCCCCGACAUGUGUGGGUGUGUUUUGCAGUGGUAAAAACCUGAUCCACUUCACUCACUUCACCACACUGUGUGUUCUUGUUGUGUUGCUCCAUGUGUUUGCUGGAACUGUUGGAAACUAGAUGAAAAUAUUUACUCAAGUUCAAGUACAAACAUGAAGAACUUUACCUGACAUGUUACUUUACAACUUUAAGAACCUUUUAUUUCACCGUAUUUAUGGACAUCAGGAGGGUUUUCCUUAUUAGAAAAGUUAUUAUUUUUAUGUGAUUAUUUUCUCUACACAUCUGUCUGUAUUUGCUUUACUGUCUAAAAACCGACUGUCAUUACGAAAUGAAGCCUUCUUACAUAAUUCUGAGGAGUCGUCAUCACACACUUAUUUCUGUUGUUUGCUCAAAAUCUUAAACUAAUCUAUUAAAAUCCUUUGAAAUCUUC